AUGGAUAACGACACUUUUGUGGAUCCCAUUCUGCCAAGUGAGGGUCCUGCAAAAGUCGCAAAGUUGAUCAGAGUGAAUGAAGGGAAAAGUCAGGAAAAGAAAAAGUCUUCGAAGUCAAAAAACACCUCUCCGGAUAACCCUAAACUGAAGAAGUCAUCCAAAUCAUCUAAUCCGAAAACAGAGCUUGAUGAAGAGGAGUCGAGUCCAAAGGCAAAGGGUAUCGUGAAGUGCACCAAGGCGGUAGUCAUCGAUGUCGGUACAGGAUACAUGAAAACCGGGUUUGCUGGGGCGGAUGCGCCCUCCUGCGUAAUUCCCAGUGUUGUGGGUUUGGCGCGCAAAGGCCCAUUGGAUUACAAGCACGGCUAUGUGGGGAGGGAAAUUCUAGAAACACUAGACAUAUCCCACGUCAGCCCUGUGCAUAAUGGCAUAGUAACAGAAUGGGAUGCAAUGGAGAGACUGUGGGAAUACGCGUUCAAAACGCUGGGUAUCCCAAGCGAGGAGCACGCCGUGCUUUUGUGUGACCCUCCUCUUAGUCCGACCACCAACAGAGAAAAACUCGCCGAAAUCAUGUUCGAGAGCUUCAGCACUCCAGCAAUGUUUAUUGAAAACCAGUCCGUUUUAUCCAUGUAUUCCUAUGGCAGAACUAGCGGACUGGUUUUGGAAUGCGGGCAUGGAUGCUCUUACGCAGUUCCCAUUGACGACGGCCACUACAUGCCAAGUUACACCUGUCGUGCAGAAUAUGCAGGACGAAGCCUUGACCUUUACUUGCAGAAGUUACUGCAGGAGUCUGGAAAAGGGUUUUCUUUUGACAAAUUAGGCCUAAUGGAUGACAUCAAGGCAAAAUGUUGCUAUGUAGCCCCUGAUAUAGACAUUGAAUUAAGAGUUUGUGACAUGGUGCAAUACAAGCUUCCAGAUGGGAAUUAUAUCUCAUUGGGAAAUGAGCGUUUUCUUUGUCCAGAGGUGCUAUUCCAGCCAAAUCUGAUUGGAUCCCGUGAGCCAGGACUUCCUAUUAUGGUCAUGAACUGUAUCAAUAAAUGUGACAUCAGAUUGAAGAGUGACAUGCUACAGAAUAUCCUGAUCUGUGGCGGCUCCACAAUGUUCAGUGGUCUUCCUGAACGGCUGCAGAGCGAGCUCAACCAGAUAGCACCAUGUGGUGGGACUACCAUUGUGGCAUCCCAGGAGCGUCAAAACACAGUGUGGCUGGGAGGUUCAAUCCUUGCCUCCCUGUCCUCUUUCCAGUCACUUUGGAUUCGGAGGAAAGACUAUGAGGAGAAAGGGCCCUUUGUCAUUUAUCGAAAAUGUUUCUGA